CUUCCUCAGUCAGUCGGUCACUCACUCACUCAGUCUCUCUCUCUCUCUCUCAUGCCCACAAACCCUAACUGUCAUGCGACGAUCAGCUUCUUGAUCUUUUCCGCUUGAAGUGAUUAUCUCCAUAUUUCUGAGGAGCAAAGGAAGGCACCCAAGUCUCCUUCAAAAAUGGAGGUGGAGUUGGACUCAAUUAGCAACUUACCAAGAGAGAUUGUUGAAAAGAUUUUGGCACGUUUGCCGAUCAAGGAGGCAGUGAGGACAAGUAUUUUAUCGACCAAGUGGAGGUACAAACCAGCCAUGCUUCAAAAUCUAAAGUUUGAUGAGCAAUGUGUAUCGACUCAGAACCAUAUCACCUUUGCUAAUAUUGUUGAUCAAGUACUCUUACUUCACAUUGGCCCCAUACACAAGUUUGAGCUUUCUCAUCGGGAUUUUUUAGCCAGUGCUGAUAUUGAUAGAUGGGUUCUUCAUCUAUCAAGAAGCUGUGUCAAAUGUUUGAAACUUGUAAUCUGGAAGGGGCAUCGCUACAAGUUGCCUUCAAGUUUCUUUUCUUGUCAAGACAUAAUUCAUUUGCGGUUACAUAAUUGUAUUCUAAAGCCUCCAUCAACUUUCAGAGGCUUCAAGAGUUUGGAGCAUCUUGACAUUCGGCAUGUUACGUUGGCCCAACAUGCCUUUGAAGAUUUUAUUGUUUGUUGUCCUGUGCUUAAGAGACUGAUUUUGAAAUACUGUGAUGGUUUCACAAAUCUCUGCAUCGAUGCACCAAAUCUCAAAUUGCUUGAUAUAGAUGGUAGUUUUGAGGAUGUUAGUCUUCAGAAUACCUUACAUCUUGAACAUGUUGACAUCCGUUUGGAAUUCAAAGUCAGAUGGGUUGUGGGCGGUUCAUCCAAUUUGGUCAAGUUUUUCGUUCACCUACCUAAUAUUCGUGACCUUCAAAUUUCAGGUUACGUUUUAAAGUUUUUGGCUGUUGGUCCCUUGCUACGAAAGCUGCCUCAACCAAUACUAUUUCUGAACGAUCUUUAUAUGGACGUAAACUUCACUGAUCUGGAGGAGAUUACAACUGCUCUAUGCCUUGUAAGAAGCUCCCCUGCUCUACGAAAACUAGAGAUUGUGGUCAACCAUAUUGAUUAUCAUCAUGUUGUGGGAGAAGUGAACUCCUGGUUUGAAAAUUUAGGCGAAAACUCAGAUUGUCAACUCACUGAACUUCGACGUAUAGAAAUUGUUGCCAUCUCUGAUGCCAAAGCUGAACUAGAUUUGAUCAAAUUGCUGCUGUUAAGUUCACCUGUACUGGAGUGCAUGACUCUUAAGCCUUUUUCUGUGGAUGGCUCUUUGGAACUGUUAAAACAGGUGGUCCGGUUUAGGCGUGCCUCGGUUCAGGCUGAGAUAAUCUUCUUGGACCCUUGAUAGAUCUACUCAAACUUGAAAUGCAUAGCAUACCAUUUUACUGCUCAAGAACUAGAAUGAGGAAUGGCACAGAUGGGGGCUUGAUGCCAGAAUGCAGACUUUAUAUGAAGGAAGAGGAACAAACCUGUUGAUGAUUUCUAUUUUUCCAAAUGGUAGUCUUAUCGCAUUAUCGAGUCUACAAUUGAUGCUGCAAAGGUUUCUUUCCAACCAUUAGUGGGAAAUAUUGUUCAGUUUUUUUUUUUUUUUUUCUUCAUAAAACCGGGUGUUUUGGUAUGUAAUAUAUAAUUUGGAGAACA